AUGGAUCGGUCACAACUCACAAAGCAGCCUCCCAAGGCUCUCCCGCCUCGAGGCGGGAGAUUUGAGAAGAAGAAAAACUCUGCUAGAUCUGUUUGCCGGGUGGGGAGCAGAGGGCAGGAGGGGGGGGGGGCCAGGAGAAGAGGGGUGGGAAACACAGAGAGACACAGAAACACUGUGUGUGAGGCAUCGGAAUGUCAGCCAGGACUCUUCCUCACGUGGCGAGACCGUUCUCAGCUCCCCACGCCACCAGCGCUAAGACGAACAUGGGUUGGAAGCGGACACUGUAUCUCAGAGCGACCUGGGCGUGGGUGUGGGAGUGAGGGUGUAAGCCUCACUCUAUUUUCUCCCGAGUAG